AUGUUUGGGGCACACAAGAACAAUGGGAAGUGCUACCAUCUCAAGAAAGCACUAUACAGUCUCAAGCAGGCAGGUAGACUCUGGAAUGCUGCCCUCAACAAACAACUACAGGCAUUCAGAUUCAGACAGAGUUGUGCAGAACCAUGCAUCUACACACAAGGAGCCAAAGAUGCCAUGAUAAUGCUUGCAAUCUACAUUGAUGAUCUACUCAUCAUUGGAGCAACAUUGUCCUGCAUUGGUUCAGUUAGACAUCAGUUAUCCAGCAUCUUCAGCAUCACAGAUCAAGGAAAUGUUUCACACAUCAUUGGUAUGAAUGUCAAAUACAAUUGUGAGUUGCAAACACUUUUGAACAAUCAAACUGGGUAUAUCAAAGGACUACUUGAAAAGUUUGGUAUGCAUGAGGCUUGGUCAACACAAUCACCAGCUACAGAAGCAAUCAACACAAUGGGUCUGCAACAAGGUGAUACAGCCAAUGCAGAAGAGAUCAGGCAUCUAAAAGGAAAGAUCAACAUUAGCCUAGUGGCAAGCCAAGUCAGUAGCAAGCAGGUGUUAAUGGGAUGGAUGGACUCAGAUUGGGUGGGGUCACAAGAGUGUUUCCAUUCAACAACAGGCCACAAACAUCUUGGCCAUGAGAGCAAGAUGAGUGUGAUGCAGCCACAAACAUCCCAGCCAAGAGACCAAGACGAGCGUGAUGCGGCACAAUGCAGUUGGUCCUCCCAACUCCAGCUGACCAUAGCAAACAGUUCAGUCAAAGCCAAAUAUGUCACACUGGCAGCCACAGCAAGGGAAAUGCUAUGGAUAUCCAUGUUCUUGAGAGAACUGGGUCAGUCAUUACCAAGAACAUCCUCAAUCCAUGUCACAGCUGAAACUUUGACACUGCACUCAUGCAACCAGGAACUGAUACUUGACACUACCAUACCAAUCCUGUACAGUGACUUGUCUGAAGCAAGGGUCAUUACUAAUGAACCACAGCAUUUCAAGAGGACAAAACACAUUGAUAUUGCACACUUCUUCUUGUGGGACAAAGUUGCUGAUGGUUAA